CUUUUCAUGCUUCUUUACCCUACUUAAUUCGGUUGGAUAUGUAUACUUGGGCUUGAAUCAUUCGAGGCUUUCAAUACGUUAGUUUUCGUGCCAAAUUUGGCCAAGUUUACUGCUUUCAUCCAUAAAUAGGCUAGGUGUUUAUUCAUUGUAGCCUGUUAUGAUAUAGCCAGAUGUGGCAUGUAAUUUUCUUUGGUUCUUUUGAUUAAUUUCGUGAACUACGACUGAAUCUUGAACCUUUGUUGAACCUUUAUUUAAUAAAUUUGUUGUAUGCAUUGUCGUGAUGCAGAGCAUGGGGUUAUCCUCCUUUUUCAAAAAAAUCGACCGACAUGUGUGAUUUCGAGUGGCAAAAAAUAAAUGGCAACAUGUCCACAGACUAUUUUGUACACCCUCCGUCCGAAAAUAUUUGUCGGCGAAAUGAGUAAAAAUGGAUGUAUGUAAUAUUAAAAUACGUCUAAAUACAUCCAUGUCUUCGAUAAGUAUUUCUGGACGGACGGAGUAGAUGUACAAUCAUCAUUAUAAUUCGAUAUGGGUGUAUGGCACUUCAUAGACGUGCCGUCAAAUAUUUUUGCCGACGGUUAAAUACAUCGCAUCGAUUCUUUAUGCCGAAGGUUUUCCUACUAUUGUUGCCGACGGUUUUAACCGUAGGCAUACAGCCUGAAUCCCGUAGUGUAUGGACGGUCGCUGCAUUUUUUUUAAUCUUCAUGGAGUUAUUUUUCCCUGCACAAAUAUGUACUACUUUUCAACUGGUUUAUUUAUUUUGCACUACUGUUCUAUAGAAAGUAAGAACGCGGAGAGAGCUCAGUGAGCAGCGUUUUGUUUCCAUCUUGCGACUAUGAGUAUUGUUCUGAGCUUACUCAGACACACGUGCAUGUUCUGCCCUGCAUCGCUCAGCACUUGCUGUUCAUAUUCCCAUGGUUCAGUUUAUUCGAUUAUCAACUAUUGUUUUGCUGCAGUUGCAGGUUUUGGGCUCUCUAGAUAGGCGUGUCUUCUUCAUUAAACAACAGCCCCAUCCUCCAAUUUUCGGGACAUCUUCUUGCUCCAAAUCCCAUCAAGAAAAUCAUAAUGUUCUUGCAUCAUGCAACUGCUCCAAGAGACAUUCUGUAGCAAAUCCAAGUCUCCAUAUUUUUGAUCCUGCUACACCAACCACAAACAAUGGCCUUCCCAAUCCUACUAGUUAAGCUCACACUACUAGCUCUCCUCCUGUCGCUUGGCCUAGCAGCUGAUAACGCCUCCAUGGAUUCUUGCAUCAUCCUCCUGAAUUGCGGAGGAUCAAACCAAUACGAUGAUGAUGAUAGUGGUGGUCGUACUUGGGACGGGGACACCACCUCCAAGUUCACACCAUCGGUGGGAGGAGUUGCAGCCAGUGCUACAUACCGAGACCCUUCCCUCCCCUCCAUGGUCCCUUAUAUGACUGCACGCAUCUUCACUUCAAAUUCCACCUAUUCCUUCCCUAUCACCCCAGGCAGGAUGUUCUUACGUCUCUACUUCUAUCCGGCUGCUUAUGGAAACUAUGCCGUCUCCGAUGCCUCCUUUGCUGUCACGGCAGGAAAUCUUGUCCUCUUAAAUAGCUUCAAUGCUUCGCAAGCAGCUAUGGCGACCAAUUAUGUUUGCCUUGUCCUUGAAUUCUCGGUGUAUGUUUCUUCAAGCAGCUUGGACCUCACGUUUGCCCCAUCAGCAUAUCUGAACUCUUCUUAUGCAUUUGUCAAUGGCAUCGAGAUUGUGCACACACCUGACAUGUUCAUAGCAGACACAAGAUUUGUCAACGGUGAUCAUAUAGAUUAUGCAUUCCAAUUACCCGCUGACAUAGGCCUCCAAACUAUGUACCGGUUCAAUGUCGGGGGCCAAGCCAUUUCCCCCAAGGAUGACUCGGGCUUUUACCGCUCAUGGGACGAUGAUUCCCCGUAUAUAUUUGGUGCUGGCUAUGGGGUGACCUACUCCAGAGAUAGCAGUGUGACUAUCAUGUAUACACCCGCGGUACCCAAUUACACUGCGCCAUUUGAUGUGUAUGGUACAGCUCGGUCAAUGGGGCCAGAUGCACAGAUCAACCUGAACUACAACCUUACAUGGAUUCUACCGGUUGAUGUGGGGUUCUCUUACCUCAUAAGGUUCCAUUUCUGCGAGAUUCAGUACCCUAUUACCAUGGUUAAUCAGAGGACAUUCAACAUCUACAUCAACAACCAGACAGUGGAGCAGGACAUGGAUGUAAUCUUUAGGAGCGGAGGAAUUGGUAGAGCAGCAUACAUGGAUUAUGUUAUCAUGGCUAGUGGUUCUGAUCAGGUGGACAUGUGGAUUGCACUUCAGCCUGACAUUGCAACAAAACCACAAUUUUAUGAUGCAAUACUGAAUGGUCUUGAGGUCUUCAAGCUACAGGUUUUCGGAACAAACAAUCUUGCUGGGUUCAAUCCCCCACUUCCGGAAUAUCUUGAUGUAAAUCCUAGUAGAGUACCAAGCAGUGCAAGAAAAUCGAAAGAUGCCAUACCAGCAACCAUCUUCAGUGGUGGUUGUGCUUUGUUGUUGAUUACCUUUUUGAGCACAUGUGUUAUCUACAGAUGGAACAAGGUAGCGAAGAGUUGUUACAAGACCGACUGUGAACACCUGGAGGUGGAGAGUCAUCACUUCUCAUUUGCAGAAAUUCAACUUGCCACCAAAUACUUUGAUGAAGCACUUAUCAUUGGCAGAGGCGGUUUUGGGAAUGUCUACAGCGGCAAGAUAGACAGAGGGAUAAAGGUGGCGAUCAAGCGACUCAACCAGGGUUCCCAGCAAGGCUUUCAUGAGUUCCAGACUGAAAUUGGGAUGUUGUGCAAUUUCCGCCAUGGCCACCUUGUCUCUUUGAUUGGCUACUGCAAGGACAAGAAUGAGAUGAUUUUGGUGUAUGACUACAUGCCUCAUGGAACACUACGUGAUCAUCUGUACGGCACCAGAAACCCAUCACUGUCGUGGAAGCAGCGCCUUAAUAUUUGCAUCGGUGCAGCCCGAGGGCUGCAUUACCUCCACACUGGCACAGAACAAGGAAUCAUCCACCGCGACGUUAAGACCACCAACAUUCUACUAGAUGAUAAGUUAAUGGCCAAGAUUUCUGACUUUGGUCUAUCUAAGGCAUGUACCGACACUGACAAGGCGCAUGUGAGCACCGCUGUAAAAGGCUCCUUUGGAUAUUUUGAUCCGGAGUACUUCCUUCUGCGGCGUCUCACCAAAAAAUCAGAUGUGUACUCCUUCGGGGUCGUGUUGUUUGAGGUCCUGUGUGCACGCCCUGUGAUAAACACCGAGCUCCCAGACGAGCAAGUGAGCUUGCGUGACUGGGCGCUAUCUUGCCUGGAGAAAGGAGUACUCAAGAAGAUUGUUGACCCCUGCAUUAAGGAGGAGAUCACUCCUGAGUGCUUCAGGAUAUUUUCAGAGCUAGCGAAGAAAUGUGUUGCUGAUCGUAGCAUAGAUAGGCCAUCAAUGGAUGAUGUGCUUCAGAAUCUUGAGGUUGCACUGACGCUGCAGGACAAUUCCAGCUGUCCCGGGGAGCCAUCAUCUCUUCAGAUCAUUGGUCUGGUGCAUUCAGACAAAGCAUCGACACACUCAGUAAUUAGCAUCGGUGCACAGGAAGAAAUAUUUUCAGAUAUCAUGCAUCCGAAAGGCCGAUAAAAGCAAACUGCAGGAGAGGAAGGAAGAGUAGCAAAUUGAGGAGGCAAGAAGGUACAUGGAUCCUCCAAGGAUAUGUAUUUAUGGAAAUUGAUGGAUUCAUAUGAGCACAAAUUGUAGCCUUGCUCCCUGUCUUUUUUUGUGUCUUUUUUUAUCGGAGAAAGGAUAUAUUGUAUUAAAUUAAGGAGGGCCCUGUUUUGUACGUAGUUGUGGUGUUGUUUCCCUCCCAAUGGACAUGUCUAGUUUCCUUUUGUUCUCUUUCGUUUGUUGUUGUAUCCCGCCCUUGCGGCGUUGAUUUACUCUUAAAGGAUCGAAUCUGGCUAUUUUUCUGAA